UGUUAGUUUGGUUGGUCCGCCGGAUAGUUUUUGGUUGGUCCCGUCGAUCGUCCAAACCUCCAACAACUUCUCUUCCCUCUACAAACAAUCAGCGGACAUCCAGCUUGGGACAUCGCGCCCUCAGGAAUCCUCCGCCAUCGUCAUUUAUAGGAACAGGUUCAACUCCAAAUACAAGUAAUCGGUAUCACCUAACAUCCGACAAUUAUCGCAUAUAGAAAAUCAGCGUAUACGCCAUCACCGUCGCAUUGUUAAAGGACAUCAAGAACCCCUUUAAUAUAACGCGAAACCGAGAAUCCCCAAACCGAGAAUCCCCAAACCGAGAAGUGUCAAUGCCAAUUGUGUCACAGCGAGCAGACAAGAUGGACUCGUACUCGUAUCGCGACGCUUCCGGUCGUUCUCCCCCCGAUCGCGGUUGGAGCGGCCGUGAUGAUCGUGUCAAAGAUGAGUCUCGCGACAGCUUCUACCGUGGUCGUUCACCUGGCCAUGACCGCCCACGACGUAAUCGAUCGCGCUCCCCUCCACCAGUUGACCGCUACGAGCCUAGAGGACGUGGCCGAGAGGACCACACUGGGGCCCGUGACCGAGAUGACAGACGACGCAUUAAUUCACCUCCGGCGAACAUUGACCGUUAUGUUCCCGGCCCAGGAGGCCCUCAGCCUCCUCAACCAACUGUGAAUCCGUUGACAGAUCCUGUCAGAUUGCCUUUCCAAGUUGGAUUCUCUUACUUCGGCGAAUGGUGGCGAGCCAAUGAAAAGAUCAAAGAGGAGAAGGAGCGCGCCCGAACUGGUCGGAGACGCGACCCUGAACGACCUCGUAGAGACACGCAAGAAGAUCGUGAUAAAGAGAAGGCCAGAAUCCAAGCUGCUUAUGAUGCGUACAAGGAGGAGCUCCAAGCUAAGAUGGCUAGAGCUUUCGUCGCCGAACACAAGAAGGAGCAAUGGUUUCGCGAGCGUUACGUCCCCGAAGUCCGAGAUCCCUUACGCAAGCAGAUAAACGAAUUUCGUCGUGGUGCGUACAGUCAAUGGGAGCAGGACUUAGAGUCCGGCACAUUUGACGAGUUUUCUCUGGAGGGAAUACCCAAGAGUGAAAGCAACGGGGCCGGUGGAGUUGUGGAAAAGGAAGAGGGUGAGGCCACGGCCGCAAACGAAGUUCUAGGAGUCGGCGAUCUAGUUCCCGCAAGCGGCAGCGAUCUCCGGGACGAAAGCUUAUAUCAGCCUACUCUCUUAAUCAAGACGAUUGCUCCUCACGUUAGCCGCCAAAAUCUAGAAACUUUCUGCAAAGAGCAUCUUGGAGAGGAGGAGGGUGGAUUCAAGUGGCUAUCCCUCAGCGAUCCCAAUCCCAGCAAAAGAUACCAUCGCAUGGGCUGGGUAAUGCUACAUCCUUCAUCCGAGACGGCAGCACCUGUUGAGCGUGCGGAUCCGAAAGACGAAGAGGAAGACGAGAUGAAGGUUGAAACACCCGUAGCUACCACUACAGCCGACAAGGCCCUUGAGGCUAUUAACGGUAAAACCGUCAAGGACGAAGUUCGUGGUGACUUUGUGUGUCAUGUGGGUGUUCACAACCCCCCAAGCAAUCCUCGCAAGAAGGCGUUGUGGGAUCUCUUCUCUGCUCCUGAAAGAAUCGAGAAAGAUCUCGGCCUUGCUCAGCGACUCGUCAAUAAGUUCGAGGAGGAUUUCGGUUCAGAUUUCAAUGCUACACUUAGGAUUGAAGAAAGAGUAGAAACCUUACGCAGCGCUGGAAGUUUACAGCCGGCUAUAUCAUCGCCGACAGCAAAGAGGGUUAAGAAGGAUCGUAAUCUUGACUUUGAUGAGGCAAUGGAUGAUGGUGAAGAAGGUGAAAUGGGCGAAUCUGACGAAGAGGGUGCCAUAGAUGAUGAAGUCGACGACGAAGACAUUCUGGUAAAGAAGAAGCAGCUCGAUCUUAUGAUUGAGUAUCUUCGCCGAGUCUUCAACUUCUGCUUCUUCUGUGUUUUUGAGAGCGACUCUAUUCACGAAUUGACCCGAAAGUGUCCCGGUGGCCAUCUUCGUCGACCCCGAAGCACACUCUCUUCCGCUGCUAAGAAUGUUGCGCGGGCUAGUGCCAGUGGAGAAGCAUUUCCUUCUAAGAAACCUAAGGAAUCGAAGGAGGAGGAGGAAGAAGGCGAGGCGCCUGAGCCUGAUCGCAAAUUCCGUAACGCAUCUUCUAAAUCUGAGCAGCAGCUUGAACGUGCGUAUAAGUGGGUUAAGACGUUUGAAGACAAGAUUAUGCAAAUCCUCGAGCCUGAGUCAGUAGACAUUCGUAAACUCGGCGGUAAACCUACCGAGGAUGCCCUCAAUGACGAACUCUCCAAAUUUGUCAAGCAAGAAGAUGAGCACAAAUGGAGAUGUAAGGUUCCUGAGUGCACGAAGCUCUUCAAAGAGGAUCACUUUUGGAAGAAGCACGUUGAGAAGCGCCACGCUGAUUGGCUAGAGAUUAUGAAGCAAGAGUUUGACCUUAUCAACGCAUAUGUUCUUGAUCCUGCUCACAUUGCGCCUUCGAGAACUGAUGCCAAUAGCAAUGGCCAUUUCCCGCCCUCGAAUGGUCAAACUCAACAGGGUACUCCCCGCGGAUUUAAUCUCCAGAAUUUCGCCAUGAACAAUAUGGUUCCACAGUUCCCUGGCUUCCCCAGCAUUCCUGGGAUGCCUCCGCUCUUCACGGGUGGUCACAAUGUCCAAGCCCCCGGAUGGGCUGCAGGAGGCGAGGAACGUGGUGCUGGCCCUAUCCGUCGUGGCGGUGCUAAUUCCGGACGUUUUCAAAACCGCACCGGCCCGUAUGACAGGCGUCAACAGCAGGGACGUUGGGGUCAGGAUGGACAGGGUGCAGGCCGCGGUAGGGGUGGGGCCGGUCGCUGGGGCGAUGGUGCCGCAGGCGGAGCAGCCGUCGGUCCUCGUGAAGCCGUUCAAGGCCGUAGCCUCAAGAGCUACGAAGAUCUCGACCACGUCGCAGGUGGAGGCGGUGGUGAAUUGAACUACUAAACUCUAAACUCCCCAACAAUUACCUGGGUCGAGUACGAGGUUGAUAACCUCACGCCCACCAUGCUUUACUAAUUUGUAGGAAACCAGGUUUGCCUCUAAAAAAGUCAAGCUCACUUGCUACUUGUUGUACCAUCAGAUGACAUUCGAUGGGCAUCGGAUCGUUUUCCUUUCUCUUAUGACAAAAUACUGACAAUACACCCACUACCCUAUUGUCCCCAUCGACAAGGCAAUUUAGCCUAAUCCCUUUUCAUCAAGGCUUCAGUUCGGAAUUGUAAUGCCUUACAGUCUAUUCAGGGUUCUCCAUGCCUCUGAAGGUGAAAAGACGAUCUCCUAAUUUUCCAUCUACGUUGACGGUCACAUGACAUUCCUGGAAGGGAGAAACGUACUCUGGCAUAUUACGGCAUUUUCUUGUUGAGACAACCCGAUAGCCUAUCUAGAUAGCUAGAUAUUCGCUUUUAGAUUAUUCAUGUAAUGAAUUGUACAGUACACGCGCAUUAUUGCAAACUUGUUGAAUUCUCUA